AUAUAAGUACACGCCUUUGCUUCUCUCAAUAUAUUAAUACACUAAUUUAUCUAUUGAAAGUUUCUUUUGGACUACCAAAUCCUCAAGAACAAAAAAAUAUUCCUUCUCUCUUUCCAAAUCCAAAAAGAAACUAAAAAGAUCUACUUUUUUUCUUAAUUGCCUAAAUUAUUCCAAUAAAAAUGGGUUUAAGAGAUAUUGGAUCAACUUUGCCACCAGGAUUUAGAUUCUAUCCUAGUGAUGAAGAAUUAAUUUGCCAUUAUCUUUACAAGAAAAUUGCUAAUCAAGAAGUCAUUAAAGGCACUUUAGUGGAAAUUGAUCUUCAUACUUGUGAACCAUGGCAACUUCCUGAGGUGGCAAAGUUGAACUCCAAUGAAUGGUACUUCUUCAGCUUUAGAGAUCGCAAGUAUGCAACCGGUUUUCGAACAAAUAGGGCCACCAUUUCUGGUUAUUGGAAAGCCACAGGCAAAGAUAGAACAGUGUUUGAUACUCAAACAGCUGCACUCAUUGGCAUGAGAAAGACUUUGGUGUUUUACAAGAAUAGAGCUCCUAAUGGGAUUAAAACUGGCUGGAUUAUGCAUGAAUUUCGUCUCGAAAAUCCCCAUAUACCUCCUAAGGAAGAUUGGGUACUAUGUCGAGUAUUUCACAAAGGUACUAAAGAUGAGAACAAUACUAGUAACAAUCUCAGCUCAGAAAAUAUGUAUGAGACUAGUGUCACAUCUCCAGGAUUUGGUGUAUCUCCUCUCAAUAUGGACAACAGUGGAGCCAUGCCUAAGUUAUUGCCUUAUGGUGGCGGCAGCCAUCGCCCAUCAGCUGCCAAUUUCUCGAAUAACUCUAUCUAUCAAAGUCAGAACUCUAACAAUCUUCAGUUGUCACAAGAGAUAAACAAAGUUCUAGCAAAUGAAAUGGCUCAAUACUCAAAGUGUGGCAAGGAGGAUGAAUUUGGGUUCUUGAAUGACAUGAAUUUUGAAGAAUAUUCAAGUUUACAAGAUGGAGGGGUUAAUUCAUGCCUUAGUGAUAUGCGAUUUGAGGAUGAAAAUAGUUUGGUUUUUAUUUAAAAUUAUUACUCAUAGUAAUUAUUAAUCUGUUGGAUUAUUGUUUGUAGAAAAAAAAAACAGGCAUUUAUUAAAUUAUAUUUGUAGAACAUGUGAAUAUAAACUGCAGUGUUUGGUUGUGAGUAUGAUAAGAUAGACGUUAUAUGAUUGGCUUGGA